AUGCCGAUCGGUAAUUUAAGCAAUAAUAGUGCUCCUCGACGGGAGAGCUUUAGACCACCAUGGGUGAAAGAAAAAGAUGUUGAAACGCCACCAGCUUGGAUGCAGAAAAAAUUGAAGUCAGUUGAUACGAAAACGGAUGCUAAACCAGUGGAAGCCGAACCAGCAGCGGCAGCUGCAACCACUAAGCCAUUGAAACUGAAACCCCAGCAAACAACCGCUGUUUUAAAGAAGCAGUCAACAAUUAAACCAAGCGCAGAGAAAUCAGAAAACGGUAUAUCUGCCCCCGUAGAAGAAAAACUUGUCAAACCAUCAGCGGCAAAGCAAGCUGAUCAAGUGUCAAAAUCAAAAGACACAAAGCCAAGGUUUACUAAAUCUGCCCUCAAAGGUGUCGAUAAACUAGCAACAUCAGAAGAAAAAGUCACUGACAAAAUACCUGAUAAACCAGCUCUAAAAACGGUUAGAACUAUAGAUGGCAAAGCCAAAGAGAAGUCAGUAACUAUAGUAGAUAAACGCCAAGAGAAAAAUGAUUCAACAAACGGAAAUGGCAGAAACACAUUAAAUAGUAAGCCUGUUGAUAAAAAUCCCAUAUUAAAUAACGAUAAGCCUAUAACUAAACUUGCGAGUGAGAAGGCUAAAUCUAUUUCAAUAGAAAAACCAAAACUUAAUAUUCCCGAGGAAGUUGUAAUAAAACCUAUCGACAAAGAAAGUAAAUCUACAGCUAAACAAGAAUCAAAGCCUACAGCUACCGUAAAAUCUGAGACAAAGGUACCAGAAAAGGAAAAAACAGAAAAAAUUGAAGACAAAACAAUGGCUACAAAACCACCGAUGCCGUUUGAUAAAACACCAUCUAAGCUUCCACCACGUAAACCAUCCAUUCAAAAGCAACCCUCAAAAGAUGACGUGCCUGUUAAGAAAUGGCGAGAUCCCUUGCAUGAGCGUGUCAAGGAAAAUAUAGACAAAACCCUGGCCAAUGAAGUACCCAAGGGUCACACUUUGACCAAGAAUGAGAGCUUGAGAAGUCUCCUGAAGCCCACGCCCCCACCGAUGCCCCCACCCUUACCACCUAAGAUGCCUCCACCGCCAGAAUUCAAAAAGGCACCAGUAGACCCAGCUAAACUCAAGAAGCUAGAGUCACUUCGUAGUAGACCCAGAAGACGACCAGACUGGAGCGACAUGAUGAAAGAAGUAGAGGAAGGAAAAAAACUUAAACAUGUUGUUUGUAAUGACAGGUCAUCGCCUAUAAUAACUACAUCGGCAGUAGUCAAAAACAAAGGCCAGUUUAUUUUCGAGUCAGAGAAGCCAAAUUCACACAACGAGCUACUAAAAGAGAUCUCAAAGGGCGUCCGGUUAAAGAAAACUAAGACUAAUGACAGGAGUAAACCAAAUCUUGAAGGUUUGAGGAAGUUUAGGAGACAGAUGACCAUUGAGGAGCAAGUACAAAAAUCCAUGUCUCAAGCAAAUUUAGCCGCCUCGGCUUCUGGAGCAAAAUUAAACUUAACUCAAGAGGCAAGUAGCACACAUAUACCUCUCGCCCCCGAAGAAGAUGAAAUAGAUGAAAUGGAUGACAUUGACAAAGUCAGAGAUGACCUUCAAUCAACUAAACAGUUGCUGGCUAUUGAGCUUAGAAACAAAGAAGCCCAAGAGAGAGAAAACAAACGUCUCUUAACAAGAAUAUCAAACUUAGAAGCAGAAUUAGCGAGAGAAAGAGCUUUCAUCAAACAAGAACAGCAUAAGACCGUCAUAUCUGUCACUGAUGCAUAUGAUGAAAGACUAGUAAACAGUCUCAAAAUGGAAGUAGAGAAAACAAAAGAAAAUGCUGAUAAUUUGGAGAGACAGUAUUUAGAAGCCGCUGAAGACAGAGACACAGCGUUAACUGAGUUAGAAGAAGUGAAGAGAAGGAAUGCUGAAUUAGAGAAGAAGUUAGAACAAGCUAUGGCGAAUAAUAUGGAAGAUCUUUAUUUAUCUGAAGAACCGUUAUCGUUCUACCAAAAGCGGCAACUGGAUUUCGAAAAACAAUGCAAGUUGUUAAAUAUUGAACUAAACUCACCUGAAGCCGAAGAGCUGAGGAAAAAGACGCUUGAUUCUAACAAUAAUAUUGCCAAAAGUAACGCUUGUACUAACCUUGCUUGUGACGAGGGUAUCAUGCCAACAAGCAUGGGCUCAAGGCGUUCAAGUCAUGCGAUUAAGCAGCUUUCUGUUACUAAAGAUGAUAGUUUUGAAGAAGAAGAAGAAUCCGAAGGAGAAGAAGAAGAGAGCGAAGAGAAAAAACAGAAACGAAUGGAAAAAGAAGUCCGUAAUAUGAGGAACAAAAUCCGGUACCUGAAGGAAAAACAAGACCAUAUGAAGAGAGAACGAAUGGGCUUUAAAAUGUCUCUGAAAAAUCAACAGGCCGCCCUUAAGGAUGAAAAAAAGAAAUACAAAGAACUGAAACGAGAAGUCGAUAAGAUGGCAGCAAUGAUGAAAGAUGUUGGAUCAGACGACGAGGACGAUGAGGAAGAGGAGGAGGAAGAAGAAUCUGAAGAAGAAAAGAAGUCAGGAUCAGAGGAAGAAGAAACCGAAACAGAGACUGAACAAGAUACAGAGAGUGAUACCGAAAGUGAGAGUGAGCCCGAGGAUGCACCACUACCCAAGAAGAAGGAGAACCUGACGACAAGGCUGAAACGACACGAAGGCAGGGUUCAUGCCUUGAAGAAGUAUAAUGCUCUCCUUAUGGCGAAUGUCGACCGCCUGAAGGAUGAUGUACUUAAACAGAGAGAAGAAUCUUCUAGCUUGCAGAAGGAACUCGACUCUUUGAUUGAUGACCUUGAAUAA